UGCCCCAUCAUUGGUGUCAGUGGGAGGAGGAAUAGUGCUCCAUCAUUGGUGUCAGUGGGGGGAGGAAUAGUGCCCCAUCAUAGGUGUCAGUGGGGGAGGAAUAGUGCCCCAUCCUUGGUGUCAGUGGGGGGAGGAAUAGUGCCCCAUCCUUGGUGUCAGUGGGGGGAGGAAUAGUGCCCCAUCCUUGGUGUCAGAGUGGGGGGAGGAAUAGUGCCCCAUCCUUGGUGUCAGUGGGGGGAGGAAUAG